GCACCGUCAUGAUCCUCCAGGCCGCGCGCUGAACAACUUCAUGAAUUGAACUCUGAUUUCUUUUGGUGAUAAUUACAUGUCCGAUCCGACCAAGCUAUUCUCCAUCGUUUUGCUGGACCCCUAGUGACUUGUGGAAAUUGAGAAAGCAAUAAGAAAGGAGAGCCCAAGAAAGAAAGAAGGCAAAAAAAAAAUUUAAAAAAAAAAAAAGAGAGAGAGAGAGAGAGAGAAAGAAAGGGCAGAAAGAAAAGACGGACCAAGAUGAGAUCUCCCUCCCUCCUCUUGCCGUUGCUCCCCCUCGCCCUCGCCCAGCUCGCGCAGGCGGCCAUCAACUGGGACAUGUUCGAGUACGGGGUGGUGCCGACGUUCCGGUGGUCGCGGCCCUUCCCGGACGACGGGACCAACCCGGGCGGCUUCCACGUGCACUGCCGGCACUCCAAGACGUUCCGCGCCAAGAUGUACAAGCUGCGGGACCUGUCGGAGGAGCCGCCGACGGGGCUGGCGCCGUGGAAGGUGGGGAUCGAGGAUUUCCUGCGCAAGCGCGACUACGUCGGCAGCUGGGACGGGGUGGACCACAAGGGGCAGGACCGCGAGGUGGUCGUCAUGGAGUGGCGCGACGUCCCCGGCGAGGUGAGGGCGUGGAUCGAGGAGCAGCAGCGGGACCCGAGCGAGGCCAACGAGAAGAAGUGGCUCUUUGGCGUGUUUGAGAAGCCAAAAGCCCCGGGCGAGAAGGUGUACAGUACCGUGCGGCCGAGGCCGACCGCGCCGGCUUCUUCGCAGCAGCAGCAGCAGCAGGACCAGCAGAACCAGGAGCAGCAAGAGGAGCAGCAGCAGCAGCAGCAGCAGCAGCAGGUUGAACAACAGAAGAAGGAGGCUGCUCACGACGAGCCCGAGGUGGCAGAUCAAGACAAGAUCGUGGUGUUUCCGGCGGGGGCCAUCUACGAGAUUCUACCGCUCUGGGUGGCCAACGGGAGCGGUUGCGAGCGGGACCUCAACAAUCUGACCAUCUACCGGUCCCAGGCGAUCGACCACUCGGUGCUGGCCUGGCCCGUGGACCACACCAAGCCUCAGCGGGACCUGGGCAAGCGCGACAUCACGUUCAAGAUCGAGGCCAUGUCGGUCACGGAGACGGAAGACGCCAAGAGGGCGCGGCUGAUGUGGGAGAGGAUGCACCGGACGAUCAAGAGGAACGAUCGGAAGCAGCAGCGGGAGAAGCGGCAGAAGGCCAAGAAGGAGCUCGAGGAGCAGAGGGUGAGGGAUGAGUUGUAAAUCAAAUCAAGGUAGUCUGGGUACGGGAUAAUUAUAUCUGCAUUAAUUAGUAGGUAAUAGGCACCAUUAGGUGUUGGUCGGUAAUCUAAUAUGCUCAUCUAAUUAGCCAGAUA